CAGGGACGUGGGUACAGCGUGUCACCUGGAUAGGGACGUGGGUACAGCCUGUCACCUGGGUGGGACAUGGGUACAGCCUGUAACCUAGACAGGGACGUGGGCACGGCAUGUCACCUGGGUGGGACAUGGGUACAGUGUGUCACCUGGGUGGGACGUGGGUGCAGCCUGUCACCUGGAUAGGGAUGUGGGUACAGCAUGUCACCUGGGUGGGACGUGGGUACAGCCUGUCACCUAGACAGGGACGUAGGCACAGCAUGUCACCUGGGUGGGACGUGGGCACAGCCUGUCACCUAGACAGGGACGUGGGCACAGCAUGUCACCUGGACGGGAUGUGGGUACAGCAUGUCACCUGGGUGGGACAUGGGUACAGCGUGUCACCUGGACGGGAUGUGGGUACAGCGUGUCACCUAGACAGGGACGUGGGCAGAGCGUGUCACCUAGACAGGGACGUGGGCACAGUGUGUCACCUGGACGGGAUGUGGGUACAGCGUGUCACCUGGGUGGGAUGUGGGUACAGCCUGUCACCUAGACGGGGACGUGGGCACAGUGUGUCACCUGGAUAGGGAUGUGGGUACAGCGUGUCACUUGGGUGGGACGUGGGCACAGCGUGUCACCUGGACGGGAUGUGGGUACAGCGUGUCACUUGGGUGGGACGUGGCGCAGCGUGUCAUUAGAUAGAGGGGCUUUCUCUUCUCUCUCCCCUGUGGCUGGGACCUACCCAGAUGUAAGUAAUGGGAUAGCCCACUUGGGCUUUGAACCAGUUCCCUGAGGCUGCCAUAAGGAAGUCCUAGAAGCUGGGCUGAUUGGAACAAUCACAUGGAAUGUGUCUCUCCCUGUUUCGAUGCUAGAAGGCCAGAGUCAGGGGUGGUCGAGGCUGGCUCCUUCUUGGGGCUCUAAGGGAGGCUCCCAGUGUUCCCUGGCUCCCAGAUCUGUCACCCCAGCCAUGCCCAUCUUCCAGGACGCUCCCACCCUGCGCCUUCACGCAGCACCGCUCUCUCGUGCCGCUCUUCUACCAUCAAACAUCAUGAUGUUUGAUUCAGGGCCUGCCCUACUGCAGUCUGACCUGACCGACUGUGUCUAUAAUGACCCUAUUUCCAAAUGAGUUUGUGGUCUGAGACGCUGGCGGUCAGGGCUUCAACUUGUCUUCUCUGGAGAGGCACCAAACAGACUCCAUGAGGAACUGAGGCGGCCGGAGCAGUGAGAUGGAAGGAGGCUGGGCCCUGACCCUGGGAGCUGGCGACCUUCACUCUCAUGACUCUGGCAGAGAAAAGCCAGCUGCGGGCCCAUUCAGGACCGUCCUGGGGUUUCCUGGCUGUGGCAGCUGUACCUCCCUCUCACCUGUGCCCACCACUCCAGAACCAGUGUGUGGGCUCACGCUGGUGGCGGAGUCCUGACCGUGGGGUAACCAAGAGGAAAGCACCAAGAUGGGGUCCCGAGAGGAGACACAGGACCGUUCUCCUGAUGUGAGCAGGGGUGAGCACAGUCCCAUAGGACUGUGUCCUUAUAGGAAGAGGAGAGGAGGACACAGACACACAUGGAGGGAUGACCCCGCGAGGACACGCAGAGAAGGCAGCGUCUAUAAGCCAAGGAGAGAGGCUUCGGAGGACCCAGCCCUGCAGCAGCCCUGAUCUUGGACUCCAACCUCCAGGACUGGGAGAGGAUGUAUCUCCCUCAGUUAAGCCUCCCGGUCCGUGGCGCUUUGUAGAGGCAGCCCUGGCAGACUUAUCCGGCUGCAGCAUGACCAGUGGGUGGAAACGGCCACCAUGUUUGCAUCUGCCGGGGGUGCUGGCUGGGUGCUGCUACUGCACACACCUGGCGUCACCGUCCCGGACUCAGCCUGCUGGCCCCGGGCCCCAAGCCUGUGGCUCCUCUGAGUCCUGGGCCACGGGUGUCUGCGGCCCCCUGGUGCGUGGUGCUUGCUCCUCCAGAUGUCCCCUGUGUUUUCGGACUGGAGGGGUUUGAUUCCUGGGGCUGCAGUGAAAAAGUGAUCACAGACUGGGUGGCUUUAACCAUAGGAAUGACUCUCACAGCUCUGGAGCCCCGAGGUUCACCACCCAGGGGAGGGCAGGGCCGCCCUCUUUUGCAAGGCCCUAGGGUGGCCCCUGCUUGCCCCGUCUGGCUUCUGGGGGCUCCAGGCGUCCUGCGGCGUGCGGCUGCAUUGCUCCAGUCUCUGCCUCUGUCUUCACGUGGCCUCCUCCACUGUGCGUCUGUGUCUCUGUGUGCAAAUUUCCCUCUUGUUAUAAGGACAACACUCAUUGAAUUGAUGCCUCCCCCACCUCGAUUCAGCGCGACUUUGUCUUUAUUUAGUGGCAGCCACAAAAGCCCUUGUCCACAGAAGGCCCCACUCACAGGUCCUGGGUGGACAUGAAUUUCCGGGGAGCUCAACGCAGCACAAAGCGGUAAGACACAGAUGUGGGCUCCGGACUGUCCACAUGGGUUCACGUGUGACCUCGCGACGUCCAGGUGGCCCUUGUCCCCUCCCACUUCCUGCCCAUCUUCUUUCCUGACCGCCUGUCCUGCUGGCUUCAGGCCCAGCCCCAGAGCCGGGCAGUAGCGUCUCACAGACAACCUGGAGCUCCAUCUCGGCAGAAGGUCCCAUCCCUUCCAGCAAAGCCCCUGCCCUUUGGCCGUGAGGAGGCUCUGCUUCUCUGAUUCCAUCCUGACAGAGCCACUUCUUCUCAGGGAUCACAAAAUGGAGCAACAUAAGGUGUUCAACCCAAGAAGGAAUGGAGCGAAAUGUGGCGAGGCUGACGGUUUGACACGUGACUGUCUAUUUCCCUUCCUCCGAGGUCGGUGCACUGACCCAGCCACAGCCUCCCCUGCAGCACCCGUGCACGCCGCUUACAGGGACGCCAUACAGUCUCGUCCCCGCUCCGUGCUCCUUUUGCAAGGAAGCUUCACCCCUGCUCAUGCCAGGAGGAUGGAUCUAUUUCCCCUCCCCUGAAAUCUGGGUGCUUUUUGACCAAUAAAAUGCAGUGGGGUGUUGCUCUGGGACUUCAAAGCUGACCGUUAAAAAGUCUUAGGGGUGCUUUUUGCACAUGAAAAGCCAUGUACGACUCUCACUGUCAGGAGACUGCCAUGCUGUGAGGAAGCCCAAGCUAGCCGUGUGGAAAGAGUUCCCAGAAAGGGCACCAGAGUGCCAGAUUCGGAAGGCAAGGCUACUUGGACUGACCGACUGAGCCCAGCUUCUAGCAGACAGCAGCCGCAUGGCGGAGCCUGGCUGGUCACCCACGGGCAGAAGAUGUACCCAGUUAAGAGAAGCCCAAGACCCUCCACUUCUCUGAGCCUCAGUCUUCUGCACCAGGGAGUUCCCCUGGGAAUCGGCCACGAAAUAGCAGGGAAGCCGGCGUUCACGCAACUCCUCACCUGCCGGCUGAGGGAAAGGAGACAGAGUGGCCCUCACCUCCAGGGGAGCUAGAAGGGAGACCGUCCUGCAAGCCUUCCCCUGGGGAAAUCCAGGUGUGGCGUGUUAGUGAGGCCGGUCCUGGCUGUCACCCACAUUGAGGACGUUGUGCAUGAUGUGGGCUGAGCCUGCUGUGGGGUUUUCCAUCUGGCCUGAGCUCCCGGUGUGGUGUGCAGCCUGGCGAGCUCUUAGCUGCUCAGAGUUCAGAGUUAGAAAGGGGCAGAAUGAGGCAGCCUGCCGUGGUGGACCCCAAAAUACACACAUGGGAGGCUCUGGAGGUCCCUGCAGGGCAGCUCUGGCUCAUCCUGUGCCCGCUGACACCCAGCCUGUGCCUGCCUGUGCCCCUGGACCUCUGGGUGUGUCUGAGGGCCUAGGCCUAUCUUUGGAGGCCUGGAGUUUUAAUGGGGCCGGUCCUGGCUGUCACCCACAUUGAGGAUGUCAUGCAUGGUGUUGGUGACUUGCCCUCUUGGCAGCACACAGCUGGCUCCUGGCCUCUCUGCUGUCGACCUCGCUGCCCUCUCCCCAGCCUCUGCUGACCCCACAACCCUCCUCCCCACCUGGUCCCUGCCAGCCUCCCCAACAUCUCGGCCUGGUGCCCCAGCUGCCGGCCAUCCAGGGCCUGUGGCCCCAGCUAUUCCUUUUGGGGUGAGGACUGUCACCAUUGGCCACGAGCCCUGCAUUCUCACUCAGGGACCCCGUUGGUUUGUGGGGUGUCUGUUGGGCUGGACACAGUUGGUGCUUCCAACCUGGGAACGCAGGGUCCUUGGGCCUCUGCCCCUUCCAGCCUUGUUUUCUGCCUGCUGGUCUUCUCCAGGGUCUGUCUCUCCCCCUCUCGUUCUCCGUGCUAACAGUUCUUAGAGACUCUCUUCCGGGGACUUCUCCUCCUCCUGACUCUGAAGUCCUCGUGUCUCCCCACUUUCCUGCCCCUGCUUCCUUAGGCUCACGCUGACACCAGCAAGGUGGCCCCAGGACACCCUCUCCAGGGCUCCCUUCUCGUCUCUCCCAAAACACUCACAGUCCCCUAAAGCCAGACCCUCCCCCGUCAAAGACAAGCCAUGCCGUCUUCAAGUCCUCUGCCUCCCACUCGUGGACAGGCCCCAGCCAGGCUGCUCCGGGCCAUCUUCUUCCCCGGGACCCCCAUCCUCCACCCACAGGAGCUGCCACUGUCCUGAAUCUCAGCACGCCAACGCCAGUGGGAUCUGAGCCAGGAAGGCUGGAGAAGUCCCUCGGUAGGAAAGGUGACUGGCCCUCCUCUUCCUCGCCAGGCUCCUCAGGGUGGGGAGUAGAGGGGUGUGGACAGAGGGGACAAAUGGCCUAGACUUUGUCUGGGGUUGACAGCUCCCACAGAACUGGCACCACGUGGGAGGGGUGUGCACGUCGGAGUGGUUUCGUGAAGGCCAGUGCGGGGGCCUGGGCAGGACAUGCCCCACGGGGAAGAGCCCCGUGCUCCCUGCUUGGCGAGGAAGGGCUAUCUGACCAGGUGGGGUUUUAAGCCCCUGGCCGUGGGUCUGGUUUAUAGAGGGAGCUUAAGGUAUAUUUGUUGGAUGAAUAAAAGCCUCAGUGGAUGAGCAAGUGGACUGACUAAGGCUUAGAGAAAGGACGACGUGGCCUGGGCCUCUCAAGGCACAGAGGACGCCUUCCUGGUCCAGAUUCAAGAGGGAGCGAGGGCCUCCUUCCUCCCUCCACGCCAAUCGUUCCUGGCCCCUUCCAGAAUCAUCUGGAAGCUAAUCCUUUAGAAAACAAAUAUUUCAGACAUCUCAACAACACAGGCCUUCCAAGUGGGAGCCUGAGCAGAUGGGCUGGGGCCUGGAAGCUCUCCCACACCCCCAGACGCUGGAGCCCACCAAACCGCCCCGGCGAUGUCCGCGGGGGACUCAGACCUCGGCCAGGAAAGUGUCAGAGCCGCCGGCCACCUGCCUGGGCCCCCGCUCCUGGGCCCUGUCCAUUCCCCUUGGCAGCUUGAGCCAUGGACAGGACAUUCCUGAAGGCUGAGGCUGCACAUUGGGGGGUUUGGGGCUGGAAAGGCCGGGGCAAGGUCCACAGUCACCCGCGGCUGGGCCGUGCGGCUGCCUUUCCUGCCUCCCUCCCUCCCCAGGCGCACCUUCCUGCGUGGGGCUGGCCGGGAAAUGGGGCAUUUGUCUCUGUGGCCCUUCCUGCUGUCUGUGCUGGGGUGCCCAUCUGCUCUUUACCACUGGUUCCCUUUGUGCCCAGUGUCCACUGCACACAGCCCAGGCUCCCUUUCUGCCCAGUGUCCACUGCACACGGCUCAGGCUCCCUUUGUGCCCAGUGUCCACUGCACACGGCUCAGGCUCCCUUUGUGCCCAGUGUCCACUGCACACGGCCCAGGCUCCCUUUCUCCCCAGUGUCCACUGCACACGGCCCAGGCUGGCCACCGAGGCUGCCCUCGGAGUCCCAGGGACUGCGUCAACAUGGCCUCCUGUGGUGGGGCUGCCUCCUGCUCACCAGGCUCUGGGGAUCAGCUGCACUUGGCACCUGACUGCGCCCAGUGGAGCCCUUUCUCCCACCCAGCCCAGAAGCUCCCUGAGCACAGAGACUCUGUCUUCUCUGGACCUCUUCUGUCCCCAGCAGCAGAGCUGGGCCCUGUCCCAGAACUCAGAGCCCAUAGGGGCACACGGCGAUGGGCAGAGAGCGUUCAUGAGCCCCAAGUCGGGCCAGCCCCACCUGGAAGGGCCAUCAUCACGGAGACAGGAGCAGGGCUGGCAGAGAGACGAGGACAAGGGCUUGGAGGUGGGAGCAGCUUCAGGAGUGCAGAGCCACAAGGCUGCGGGAGCCUGGGUCCCCAGUCGCCUGGAGGAGACCCUACCCACACCAUUCUUGGACCACCACCAUCUUGGGGGGAGGCAGGGAGACCUGAAGUCGGAGCCGGCCGCUGGGAGCCCGUCCAUCCGCGUGCGCUCGGAAACCUGGAGGCAGCUCCCCAGUUCCUGUCUCUUCCCCAGGCGGGUCCCCACCUGGCCUGUGGCGUGACUGUGAGUCAGGGGUCUGGAUCCCCCAAGGCCCACAGGAUCCGGGUGGAUGGGCCACGUCUCUGCACGUGCAGCCUCUCCUGGGUCCCCUCUCACAUCCGGCUCUGGCCGGGCCGUUUCCCACGCCGUGGCUUCCAACUGCUCAGCCCGACCGCAUCUGCACUGUCCCUGGCCGAGGGAAGGCCGCCUCUGCCUUCCCAGCCAGGACCCUGGGCCCCCUGUGCAUUUCUGGACCUCGCUCUUGGGGGCCACCCCUCGCCCUCACCCACAUCCUCCCUCCGAGUCCUCGUGGCCCAGUACACUUGGGCUCUGGGCUGCUGUUUCCAGGACCCGUGGGACAGGUGACCUUGGCUGCCCAAAGCCACGCUCCCCAGGCCCUUCUCCCCUCCUGCCCUCCUUCCCAGCAGCCUGCAGACGUCUGUGUUCCCUUCGCCUGUGCCCGCCUGGCCUUCUCCUGGCCCCCAUGUUCUGGGAACACAGACAGCUAAGGCCUGCAUCGUGUCUCUGCCCAGUCUAGGCACCGAAGUCCUGACCCCCACAACCUCAGAAUCAGUCUGUCUGGAGGUAGGUCUUUAAGGAGGUACUAAGUUAAGAUGGAAUUGUUAGGAUGACCCUGAGCCCAUCCGACUGUUGUUUUUGUAAGCGGAGAUCAGAACACAGACGUUGACAGGGCAACAGCCAGGUGAGGACACAGGGAGAUGGCGGCGUCUGCAAGCCCAGGAAAGAGGCCUCAGGAGGAACCGGCCCACGGCGCCCUGACCUCACACUCUCUCUCACGCUGUGCUACUUUGUGACAGCAGCCCAAGAAGGCUGAAAUCGUCACCUCCCGCUCCGUUUCCCACCACCUCUGGCCUGCCUGCCCUGUUUCCUCCCGCCUCCCACCCCUCCUGGUCAGCCAGUUGAAAAUGCCCGUCUUCCCAGGACUGGCCUCUCCGUGGGCACCCCUGACCUCCAAAGGGGGUCCCACUGAACCUCGCUUUGGGGGUAAUUAAGAUUGCCCCUCGGCCUCUCAGGCCCCUCCCUGCUCUUGGGUGCAGGAUGCCCUGAGGACCCUUCACCAGGUCGCCUGCUGUGGCUCUAGCUGGGCGUGAGCAGGUGCUGUCUCCAGAGCCUGAGGUCCUCAGAGGGGCCAGGCCCUCUGCCGUGGGAACAAAGACCCUAAGGCCCGGGAGGGGAGCAGCACACAAAGGACAGGCUGGGGAAGCGGGCGUGAGCAGCUGGGCAUGAGCCCUGCCCGCUUUGUCCCCUGGGGAGCCUGGUCUGGGGAGCAUUAGCUCGGCCAGAGUCUCCCUGAUGGGACUGGAAGCCCAGCCCUGCCUGGGAAGGCGACUGUGGUCCACUGACUCCAGCUGUGCAGCCCCGCAGAAGGCGCCCCAGCAUCCGCCCUGCCCAACACAGGCGCGGCUCUGGGGUCCCGCGUGGGCAGGGGAUCUGGCAUGGACCCAUCCUCUCAAGGGCCUCUAGCAUGGUGGGUGGCGGGCUGGGGAGAGGGCUGCUGCCCUCCUUCUGGUCCUCCCAGCCCUACCAGGGUGGCCUGGAAGGCGGGCAGUGCCCCCUGGCCUGAGGGCCCAUGGGAGCCGGCCCUCUUUAGAAGGGCCCCCUCCAUCCCCACCCGUCAGCAUCCACGGCCCUAGUACCAGGAAAGGAGGCCCAGGCCAUGGAACUCCUGGACCAACCAACCCAGCCAGUUCUGGAGCCACCAGGAGCACCCAAAGAGUACGUCCCUCUGUUCCCAGGAGCCCCACUUCAGGGCCGUUCGCUGGGCUGACUCCCUGGCCUGCAAGCCCCCAGGUUGCUCACUCAGCCCAAACCCCCACCCAUGCCACUGACCGCCCCUGCUCUCCGUUACCCAAAGCCCUCAGCUCACUAUGCUCUCUGGGACACGGGGCCUCCUCCCCACAAGGAGAGCUGGGUCCCAAGGGCGACCCUGGCCUCUCCAUCCUGCCCCCCUGGCCACCCACCCCCUCGCCCUGUUUCUCUGUCCUGCAGGACUUCCUCUGGCUUUAUUGUUUUAAGUUGGUGGUUGGGCCAACAGCCAGCUUCAAUUACACUGCUCGCCUCCUCCUCCUCCUCCUCCUCCUCCUCCGGCCCCUCCUCCACCUCUUCCAGCCCUUUUCUGCCCUGGGCCCAGGGGUGGGCCUUGGGCUAGAACUGACUGUGGUGCCCAGGCAAAACGGCCCUAGGAAAAUGAUAACAGAAAAUAAUAAAGAUUAUUUAUCUCUC